AGCUCCAUGUAUGUUGUGAUGUUUGCAUAAGAAAAGCGGAAUUUUUAUUAGUAAUUUAUUAUUAAAUCAAUUGUCUCCGAGUUGUCGAAACAGAGUGAGAAGCAAAACCCACAAAAAUGAUGAAAAGUAUGCAACCGUGUUCAACUGGACUUUAUAAAACUGGUUCAAAACGACAAGAUGAGAUGCUUGCUGGACCUAAACCUGCUGGAGCUUUCAAAGAGAGAGAAACAAAACCUACAAAUUUUAGAUUAUUCUAUAACCGAGGUGACUUCCCCAUUGCUUUAGAACAUGAUACAAAAGGCAAUAAGAUAGCAUGGAAGGUUGAAAUUGAGAAGUUAGAUUAUCACCAUUAUUUACCACUAUUCUUUGAUGGUUUGUGUGAAACAGUUCAUCCUUAUGAAUUUUUUGCUCGACAAGGUGUUCAUGAUAUGUUAGAACAUGGAGGAUCCAAAAUCCUUCCAGUUAUACCUCAACUUAUCAUCCCAAUUAAAAAUGCUUUAAACAAGCGAAAUCAUAAAGUUCUAUGCACCACAUUGAAAGUGUUACAACAUUUAGUAGUAUCAGCAGAUUUGGUUGGAGAAGCUUUAGUACCAUAUUACAGACAAAUUUUACCAGUUAUGAAUAUCUUCAAAAAUAAAAACUUAAAUUCUGGUGAUGGUAUUGAUUAUAGCCAACAAAAACGUGAAAAUGUGGGAGAUUUAAUCCAAGAAACUUUGGAAGCGUUUGAAAGACACGGAGGAGAAGAUGCUUUUAUUAAUAUUAAAUACAUGGUCCCCACAUACGAAUCUUGUAUGUUGAAUUAGAAAGUCAUGGACCUUAUCAAUUUAAUAUUUUAUUAUGUGAAAUAAAGUUGUCUUCAAGAACUGUAUUCAGCAUUAUAAGACAGCAUUAAAGCUCAAUAUGGUGAGGUUUUCUCACUUGUGUUGUAAGAUAUCUUGUUUGAAACUAUAUAUUUUAUCAUCAUGUAGAAUAUUUUAAACAGUCACCUUUUAAUCUGUGAUAUAUUUGAGAUUCUUAAUUGGAAUUUAUUUGUAGAAAUGAGGUGGUAGGCCUAAAGUUUCUGUCGUAAGCAUAAUUUGAUCAUUGUCCAGUAUAUCAAUUCAUUUGAAAUCUUAAGUUACCUCAUCCAAAAUUUGCUCACUUCAUUGUAGCCUCUGAAACUAUUUAUUUUCAGAGGACAUUUAAGUCUGCAAGUUUUGGAAUACAAAUUGCUAUCUUCAAAAUAUUUUAGCCUUUCAGUUAUUACUUAUUUCAGGUAAAUCUAUUAAGUAAUAAAGCACAAUGAUAUGAACUAUAGCUUGUAAAUAUUGACAUGUAUGUAUAUUAUAAUAUAUUUAUUUAAAUAAAUGCUACCUUAAAAAUUUGCUUUGCAUUCAAUAAAUAUAAUAUAUAAUAGG